GGUGGGAAGGGGAGGGGGCGCUGUCCGGCGGCUCCCGCGGAGCCAGUCUCCUGGCUUACGUAAGGCGCGAGUCCCGUGCAGCCGGCUGGGGCUUGGAGCCGGGGCGGGCGGGCGGAGGCGGCGCCGCCCAGCGGGAUCCGGGCUGGAAGCUUCCCCGAGAGCCGCGUCCCCGCCGAGAGGAGGCCGGCGAGGCCCCGCGCGAGCCGACGGGGUCAGGGCAGAAGAAACAAAGUUCCCGGGGCUCUCCGAGGCCGCUGUCGGGGUGGCCUGUCUGGCAGUCCUCCACCCCGCCUCGCGAAGGCAAUGGCUUCCAAACUCCUGCGCGCGGUCAUCCUUGGGCCCCCCGGCUCGGGCAAGGGCACCGUGUGCCAGAGGAUCGCCCAGAACUUCGGCCUCCAGCAUCUCUCCAGCGGCCACUUCCUGCGGGAGAACAUCAAGGCCAACACGGAAGUUGGUGAUAUGGCAAAGCAGUACAUAGAGAAAGGCCUUUUGGUUCCAGAUCAUGUGAUCACACGUCUGAUGAUGUCGGAGCUGGAGAACAGGCGUGGCCAGCACUGGCUACUGGAUGGUUUUCCUAGGACAUUAAUUCAGGCUGAAGCCCUGGACAAAAUGUGUGACCUGGAUCUAGUGAUCACUUUGAACAUUCCAUUUGAAACACUCAAAGAUCGUCUCAGCCGACGUUGGAUUCACCCUCCGAGUGGAAGGGUGUAUAACCUGGACUUCAAUCCACCUCAUGUACCAGGGAUUGAUGACAUCACUGGUGAACCAUUAGUCCAGCAGGAAGAUGAUAAACCUGAAGCAGUUGCUGCCAGGCUAAGACAGUACAAGGAUGUGGCAAAGCCAGUCAUUGAAUUAUACAAGAGCCGAGGAGUGCUCCACCAAUUUUCUGGGACGGAGACUAACAAAAUCUGGCCUUAUGUUUACUCGCUUUUCUCGAACAAGAUCACACCUAUUCAGUCCAAAGAAGCAUACUGAGGCGGCCCAAUGGAAGAAUCAGGAAGAUACCGUCCUUUAUUCAGCUGUAUGUGUAGUAUUGGUGCCAUGUCCAAAUUAGAAGCUAGCUGAGAUAGCCUGCAGCACCUUUUCUAGUUUAAAUGGUGAUCUGAUAUGAUAUGGAAACUAAUGAGUAGCGUUAAUGAAGAGGCUCUUCUCUGCCUUGCAAAGGGAGGAUCAUGCACAUGUACACAUGUUUAAGAUGUCUUUGCAUAUGUCUCAAGCCCUUCAUAAGAAAGCAAGUACAGGCUGGAUUUCACAGGGUGUAUAAUGCAAACUCUAGCUGAUUUCUGACAGUCACGGUGUUUCUGUAGUAGCCUUGUUAUGUGGUAGUGGUGGCCUCUGGUUCCCCCAUCUCCCAAAGGCUAUUGAACCAUCGUACCAGGAGGCCUGAGAAUGCCAAGGGCUGCAGCCCAGGCCUGUUCCAAACUCUGGUCUGUGCCUUCCUGGUGACUGUGGGAUGAAGCCAACUGCUCUCAGUGGCUGCUCCUCUGGCCUGAAGUGACUGUCUACAAUCCAUUUUUUUGGUCAGGAGUAACACCUUGUUUUCUGCGUCCAUGCUCCAUAGACUCUCUCUCCUUCAGACAUCCUAGAAUGAAAGGAUUUGGCUUCUAUUUUUAUUAGACUUUUUUUUUUUUUACACGUAUUCUCCCUUCCUAGGCUAUAAUGUAAUAUGCAUACUUACUGCUUUUAUCCCUCUCAAAUUCCUUUUUGAGAGCUGUGAGCUAGGGGACGAUGUUGAGUCACUCAUGCACCAGGCACUGAAUACGUGGAGGGUCUACUUAAACUGCUGGUCUGACUCUCAUGGGUUGAUACCUCUCCCUUUUGUUGUGGAAAGAUAAAAUCAUCAAAACUUUUUUGGGAAACCAAAAAAAAAAAAAAAAAAAGAAAUAGUUACCUACAUAAAUGUUAAAAGAUUCUAUGUUAUGUAUAGAAGUUGUAAGACCACAUGGAAUUACUAGGCUAAAAAAGUAGUUUAGCUUUUUAUUCAAGUAAAAAAAAUGUAUUUUGAAAAUGCUGCUAAAUAUUGAUGCUGAUAGUGUCUUUCUCCUAUAAGGGACCCAAGAAUAUUAGAAACAGUUGGCAAUGGAGGUGGAUGGAUCCUAUAGGGUAGAGGAAACCAUUGUACUGGCUGUGUCCAUACUGAGUAUGACAGCUUUACAGUUAUGGGAAAACAAAUUCUUGAUUUUUUUUUUCCUAUUCCAAAGAUGCUUUCUAUGGAGUGGCCAUUAAGUCUAGAAGUAUAGAUAAUACUACUUUGUCAUUUAUUAUAAUGUAAUACCCGUAAACCAUUUAUUAAGGAUUUGCCUGGUUUCCAGACUUGUGGGCCACCUUGUAUAAUUCUUGCUCUCCUCUGAAAAGGACAAUGAAAUUUAUUCCUGUUGCCUUAAAAAUAAAUGUCCCUCUUCUUGCGUCAUGAUUGUCCUCAGGGAAGGUCUUUUACUAUUCCUGGGAGUGACUUCCAUCUAACUUUUCACACUAGUGAGAAUAAGAAAAACCUAUUUCAGCACUUCAGUGGUGCUGAAAUACAUUAUUUAUUUUCUGAAGACAUCUGAGCAAAUCUCCAGUCAAUUCACUGGCACCUGUAUUCUGUGUGAUAACAAGUGCGUCUUCCUUUCAAAUACUGCCCCAACUCUUGCCAAUUCAUCUCCCUUUGUCCCUUCAUGUGAAUGUUCUUUGGCUACCUUAGUAGAAACAUAGCUGGGUCUCCUCAUCCUCUGCAUCACAGUGAAAUGAGAUUGUUUACUUUUUUAGGUUUAUGCAAUUGAAAUGCCCAGUUCAGGCCUAUAAAACAUCAGUGCAUGAUCUUGACUCUGAGUGCUUCAGAAGAGCCGUGUUUGAGUACCGGUUGAUGGGGCGAUAGGGUGAAAUCAAAGACGGAGGUACAGCUCAGGUUUCCCAGGUAACCAGGCAUAGAGAAAAACAAGUCUGAUAUGAGGAAAAUUGCACAAUUUAGAGUAGUACUGCCAUGGAGACUAUUUCCACAAACUAGGACAACUGGGGAGUUAAGGUUUUUAUAUGGAUUACUCAACAGAGGAAAGUGCGUGCUUUUUGGAAGCAAAAAACCCUUCAAACCUCUUCACUUCCCUUUGUGUUUAGCAGACUUUCUAGUAUAAUCACUCUUUGGAGUUUUCGGGAGAGGUAUGGGAAAUGAGAAAUGGUCUGAUUUCCUACUCUACUUCGCCACCUUUCCCUGUCUCCUUUCUUCCAGCAAAACAGAUCAUAGUCAGUGUCACAGUCACUCAGUGUGUCUCAGCAGCAUUUCUGUUCCUGCCAUUGCCCAGCAAUUGAGUAUCCUUUGCGAGGUGACACUGCUGUAAGACAAACAUCUUUGCCAUUGUCCUAUGGAAGAUGUUUGUGCUCAGUGACCUAAAAAUUCUGUUUCUGGUUUUCUUCAACAAACUCUCUAGUUUUUCCUCCAAUGAUUUUAUGAAAAAUUAAAGUUUUUUUGAAAAUAUUUUGACAAAGUAAAGGGAAUAUUUUUUUUUUUCUCCUCCUUCUACCAUACAUGGGGUUCCUUCAUAGUUUGCAAAAAGAGCAGUGUAGAUGGUUUCUAAGUACCUGUCCUCCCAGUUUGUGAUUCUAGACAGCUCUGAAUGCAUUUUUCUUACAUUAUCCUACCAGUCUUCCCAGUUACAUAGAACUUGAAACCCUGCUGUGUUUAACACCCUCUAACACUAAGGCAAACAUAAAAUAGGUACUAUUUAUUGAAGGCUUACUGAGUGAAUACCGUGCAGUUUUAAGAUCUUUCUAAACAUCUCUUUCAUCUUUCAAGCAUCCUUGGUAUAGGCAUGAUCCUAUGUUUAUUCACAAAGACCGCAAGCGCCAGAGGUGUGAAGCAUCUUGCCCAGGCUCCUGCUGCCAAUAAAAGGAAUAGCCAGGACCCACACCCAGGUUUGCCUGAUUCUGCAGCCUGACCUUGCCCCUGGAUUUUAACUACUGAUGUUCUGUCCCAAGCAACCCAGGCUGCUGAGCUUGCUUGGUUUUGCUAGUAUUUCCAAGUGGCCUCACGUCAAAAACUAGCAGACUUCACUAUGGUGACUAUGGUGACAUUCAAUUCUGUAUGAGACUACUCCCUCCCCCACUGCCCACCAUUUGCUUUAGCAAAGGGAGCUGCUAGAGGAGAGUCUGAGCUCUUGAUCCUCCUCCGUAACUACUCAUUUACAAAUAAAAUGAAAGGCUGCUAAAGUAGCCUUGUCUAGGGUCCCAGCUAAUCUGUGGAGGAGGCAGGCUUGUGGUCUUCACUACCCUUUUGUUGUUCAUGGUGGUGUGCCCCUGAAGGGACCUUUACCCUUGAGCCACCCAGUCACGGUGCUCACACAUAGACCUGGGCUCCUGGGAGCUAUACACACACUGCUUACUUCACUGACAUCAGAACAGAUCACUCCCUUGCUCCCCAUCCCCAAGCAAGGCCUGAUAAUAAGCUGAUUCCUUCCUAAAGUGCUGGCAGGUAAGCAGAUGGUGACUGAGGCCCUAACACAGGGUAACCCUUGAGUUUUGUACCAUCGUCCCUCUAUUACAUUCCACAUUAACAAGAGUCUGCCAGAUUCGUCCUUUCUGCUGCCAUCUGAUGUGGUGGCACUGCUUGUCAUGGACAAUUCUGGCGGUAACCAAGGGAGGCUGGCUUCCUGUUUGUCUGCUUUCCCCAGGGUCACUCCCUGCUGCCCUCCAGCAGCCAAGCUCAGAUGAACUCCACAUUCACUAGGGAUGUGCCCAUCUGUUUGGUAGGAAGGAGAAAGGUAAGUGUAGCAGUGGGAGAGAGGACGAUUCUUAGAGGAUCUCCUCUGACUUUUUCUACCAUUUAAACCUGUUGAGAUAAGUUAAUUUUAGAUAGAAAGAUGCUUGUGCAAACCCAUAAAUACAGCUUUUACUGGAACCAGAGUUCAAUGUUUGACUUUAGCUAUUUGUCUGAACAGUUUACCAGCCUGCUGGGGCUCAAAGUAUAAAGACUGUAAAUUUCCGAAUAUAUGAAGGUAUAGGCAUUCUUAGUAGUUGCUAUGGUACUUCAUGCUCUGUGAAUUACAUGCAUUGCCUAAUUAAAUCCUCAACAAUUACCCUAUGUAAUAGGUAUCUGAAUUAUGUUGCUUCCUUGUAUUUAAAAACUGAAAUAACCCUGUUUACUUAAACUUGUGUUUUCACAUACCUAUAGGGAUAAAUCAGGAAGUUCAAAAGAGCCAUAUCUUUUCCUUGUUUGAGCUCUCCCUUCUCAUUAAGAGGUGAAACAAUGUAUUUGCUCCUGCCUGGAAUCUUUGCUGUCAGUGCUCAGGUACUGAGAUAGGAAAUGGGAGCUCAGAGGGUCCUGGUGGUAGUUACACACUGUAUAUACAGAGGGCAUAUGUAUGUCUUAUCUGUACUCUGCUCUGUUAUAAGAUCCCAGGAGGCAUUUGUAUCUACCUGAUGAAUUUCAUUAAUUAUCUUUCAUUUAAAAGACAGCAUCCUUUCUUGCUGCAGUUAAUUUUGCCAGAGAGGUAAUUUACAAGGCAGAGUCAUGUUCAUAGUAUGAAUUGUUUUCUUUGAAUUCUCCUUAAUUUUUAGUAACUGUCUUGUCUAUUUGGUGUCUAAGAAGAACCCAGUAACAGAAGCUUAUUUUAAUAUGGGAAUGUGGUCUGGUUGUAAGUUAUCAUCCUUCUGUGUAUAUCUGACACAGUCUGGUUUCCAGAUGAGAAGUGUCCAAGACCCACAGGUGGGAAAUCACGAAGCUAUAUUUCAACUAUGAAGAAAAAUCUGCUUCCUGCAUCUUUUGGGAUGUAUUAUAAUUACAAUUUUUCAUAAAUGCCAUACAUUAUGUUGGUUUUAACAAAUUGCACAAUUUGUGCCAAAAUAAUUGUCAUUAUUUGUAUGCUUCAGGGAAUUCUGCCAAUUUGAUCAGUGUGUGUGUGCAUGUGUGUGUGUGUGAGAAAGAGAGAGAGAGAGAGAUGGUAAAACAUUUCCAAAAGCCCUUGUAUGGCAUGGAUAUGCAUUCCUUCUUUGGUAAUAAUUAGGCUAUUCUAGGAAGCACGGUAUCAUUCUUGAAAUACAAGAUAUCCUGUUUAAAACUUCAAAGGAGCAAAGCACCUUGAAGUUUCUUCCUGAGGUCUGUGCGUGUGUAACUCCAUUUCAUAAAACCUUUUCUUGCUUUGGCCAUAAAGUCAGAAAUGUACUAAGUGAAAACAAACUUUUUAAUUUAAUUUAGAAAGGAGCAAAGGGAAGAAAAACAAAAACUCAGUCUUUGUGUGAGCUCUAAGGUGAUAGGGCUUAGAGGGCUUUUUCUAGUUUUAUGAGAAUUUGUACUACUGAUUUUUAUAUAUUCUUGGUCUUGAGAUGAACAGAUACCUGGGAAAAUUGUUGGAUUACAAUGGCAUUUCACUGUGAUUGCUCUCAAGCUCAAAUCAGUUUGCUAACCCAAUGCCGAUGUCUUUGGCUUACUGUCCUUUGAAAUGUUAGCUCAGUUUCCUAAAUGGCAUGUGUUUACUGUGAGUCAGCGCUUUCCUUCAGCGUGAAAGUAGUCAGCCCUCUUGAUUUUGGUGUAUGUGCUUAAUUCAAAGUGUAAACCUGUAGUCUAAUCUCUAAUGCUCCCGUGUUAAUUGUAUUACUAAUUAUUUUGAUUAUCUUGCUUGAAGAUUGAUUCACUUUUUAAUUUGAUAGAAAUAAAAGUUCUUUUUUUGGCUUAUAACUAGUGAAUUCAUUUAAUAUUUGUUGUAUAGCUUUUUACAUGUUUUUAUAGUAUACAUUUUCUAGAUAUUCUCAUUUAUGCCUUUGUGCAACCACUCCGUUUAUCAACAGUGUUAUCUCCAGUUUGCAGAUGGGGAACAUAAAGAACACUGUGUACCUGGGUAAGGUGACAGUCGGUGGCCGAGCAAGAUCCUGAACCCAAGUGCUAUGAUCUUCAGUCUCAUUUUCUUUUUUGUUGUACUAUGUUGCCUCUCUUUGUAUACCUUCAAGGUCCUUAUUUUUUCAGCACUUUAUUCUUUACAUAUUUUCAUGGAUAUUCUUUAAUUCUUGAAACACCUGGAUGAGGUGAGCAGAUUCCCCUAUUUUAUGGAGUAAGAGACUGGAUCAGAGUAUGACUCUCAAGUCAUAGUGUCCAAGGUUACUCAAAGCAGAAGUAGAAACCCCAGCAGGUGGUGGUGGUGGAAACUAGAGCCACGGAGGAAACACAGCCUCUGCAGAAGCCCCGUGUGAUAGGGAGUGGGGAGAAUGCCCUUGCUUCUCCCAACCUCAACUGUCUCCUGCAGGGGCUUCCAUUCGCUGAACCCAACCAGAUGCCAGCUGACAUAGGAGCCUGAGGAACAUGUUCUACAGGUUUCCAGGUCCCUGAAAGGUGAACCUGGAUAUGAUGGCAGUGUGGUAGACUGUAUUAAAGUUCAAGCCAUUCACCUUUUGAGGAGGAUUUUAUAUCUCUGCCCCAUUGGCUUCAUGCUGCAGCAUAUGAUUUGCUUAGCUAGUGACAUGUGAGCAGCAAUGAAGCCUGCUGCUUCUGAGCAGAAGCCUUAGAAGCCAGAGCAUGGUCACCAAUCCCUUUUCAAUGAGACUGGCACUCAACGGGCUUCUUUUCAACUGGAAUCCUAAAGUGAAGACAUAGGGUAGGGAUGUGGCCAAAUCAUGGUGGAUUUGUAGUAUGUAUGAAAAAUAAAACUUUGCUUUUAUAAGCCACUGAGGUUUGGGUGGAGCUGCACACAACAGCAUAAGUUAGCCCGAGAUGACUGAUAGAAAUGGACAUUAUAGUCAUGUCAUCUGUUUAUAACUUUGAUUCCCUUAUCAAGCACUAUUAGGCUUUAGGGUGCAAAGAUGAAUAAGACCCAGUUUCUGCCCUUGACUUCCUCACAGUUUCCUGGAGGGGAUGGACAUAUGAUUAGAUAACUCCACACUUAACUGUUGGCAUUGAUCACUGGAUUGUAAUUGAGAGAAUACAGAGAUAGUGACUGUCUUGACUGGCCAAGUAGAGACCAAGGAAGAGUUAGUAUUUUAACUGAGUGAUGCAGGAAAGAGAACCCAAACAGAGGGUAUGGUAUGUGGGUAGCAGUAUGAGCAUGUAUCCCAGGAGCUGGCCAGAGCAGAAUGAGGCAGGACUGGGGAGAUAAAGGUAAGAUUGAGUUGUAUGGGAAAUUGUACUGACCUGAUCAUAACUUUGCUCACAGUAGACAGUACAGACUAUGUCAUAAAGUGACUCAACAGAUUUGCAUAAUAAAUUUAUACUACAAGUCUGUGAACUAAGAAGUGGUAGUAAAGUUCAACAAAAAGUGAUGGUAGGAAUAAAAAAGAAGUAUCUCAAGGAGAGAAAUCAGGACCAAAAAUCAGUGAAAUGGGGGUGAAUGUAAGGCAGGAAGUGGUGGGGGCUGUGGAGACCUGAAAAGUACUGCUUUUUCUAAAAGGGGAGUCACUGCUCAGCUCUGGCCAAUUGUUACUAGGAAUUUUGCCCAUGCUGUCCAAUCAUUCAAUUUGUUAAGAGAAGCCAGAAAUCUAUGUUUUUAUGUGGAAUCUUUCUUUUAAAUGUGAUUAAAAUUUUUGACAAACAUUCUGUAGGCCAAAUAGCAUAUCCUUUGGAGCUAAUUUGGGACUUCUGGAUCAGAGAGAGAGAUACAGGAGGUAGGAAUUAGGAUCUUAGUAGCUAGAUAGAUGGCUAUGAAGUAAGGAGAUAGGAUAUGGAAGGGGAAAUGAGUUUGAAGGGCAGGAUUUUCUAGCUUUGAUCCCAUUCCCCCAAAAUGCACAGUUUUAUAGAAUUCUGCUUUAUCAGAGAAUACCACCUAUUCAAAUAAAUCACUUGAGUGUCUUA